CGGGGCGGGAGCAGCAUGGCAGCCUCCUUACGGCUUCGAGGAGCCGCCUCGGGCCUGCGGUACUGGAGCCCUCGGCCGCGGCCCGCAGCUGCCAGCCUUGAAGCGGUAUGUUCUAGGUCAAUGGCUUCUAAGACUCCAGUUGGAUUCAUUGGACUGGGAAACAUGGGUAAUCCAAUGGCAAAAAAUCUCAUGAAACAUGGCUAUCUGCUCAUUAUUUAUAACGUGUUCCCUGAUGCAUGCAAAGAGUUUCAAGAGGCAGGUGAACAGGUAGUGUCUUCCCCAGCGGAUGUGGCUGAAAAGGCUGACAGAAUUAUUACAAUGCUGCCUACCAGCAUCAACACAGUCGAAGUUUAUUCUGGAGUAAAUGGGAUUCUGAAAAAAGUGAAGAAGGGCUCAUUAUUAAUAGAUUCCAGUACUAUUGACCCUGCAGUUUCAAAAGAAUUGGCAAAAGAAGUGGAGAAAAUGGGAGCAGUUUUCAUGGAUGCCCCUGUGUCUGGAGGUGUAGGAGCUGCUUGGUCUGGGAACCUCACAUUUAUGGUGGGAGGAGUUGAAGAGGAAUUUGCGGCUGCCCAGGAGUUGCUGGGGUGCAUGGGCUCCAAUGUGGUGUAUUGUGGAGCUGUUGGGACUGGGCAGGCUGCAAAGAUCUGCAACAACAUGCUGUUAGCUAUUAGUAUGAUUGGAACUGCUGAAGCUAUGAAUCUUGGAAUCAGGUUAGGACUUGACCCAAAACUACUGGCUAAAAUUCUAAAUAUGAGUUCAGGACGGUGCUGGUCAAGUGACACUUAUAAUCCUGUUCCUGGGGUGAUGGAUGGAGUUCCCUCAGCUAAUAACUACCAGGGUGCAUUUGGAACAACACUCAUGGCUAAGGAUCUGGGAUUGGCACAAGACUCUGCCACCAGCACCAAGAGUCCAAUCAUUCUGGGCAGCCUGGCCCAUCAGCUCUACAGGAUGAUGUGUGCAAAGGGUUACUCAAAGAAAGACUUCUCCUCUGUGUUCCAGUCUCUACAGGAGGAGGAAACCUUCUGAUGGGUCCUUUGGUCAUGGGCACUGUUGAGAACCAGACUUUGUCUUGGAGCUUCUCUCUAGCUCACUCCACACGUAAAUGGGUUUAAUCAAAGGUCAUCUGUCUGCUUUUGAUUGUCUACAUAAGAAUAAUCCCUGGGAUUUUCACCCAUGUUUAAAUGUUGUUUCUUUUCUGUUUAACAAACACAUGAUCUGCACACGUUCCUGAAGCCACUGUUGGUUUUUGCUGACUAGCUCAGUUGACCUCUGAAAAAACUUGAUCCCUGAGCAUCUUCAACUAUAAAGUGAACACUUUGAUCAAGAUAUUUUAUUUACUUCACUUUACAGAUAAAACCAAAUAUUUUGUCAGCAGAAUGAAAUUCAUG